CAAAAAACUAAUCUCUUGAGAAAUGAUCUCAUGGAAAACGUCAUAUCCACAAUGGCGGACACUGGUGGAGCCUCCGCUAUAAAUUCCCCCACCAGCUUCAUCAAUCUGCUAGACAGACUUUCGUCAAAAUAUCUUCCUCAAAUUUGUAUUCUUCCUACAGUGCGGAAGCUCGGGAAAUUACAAAUCGCAACAGAAUCAUGUCGAAAGCUCCAGAGAAUCAGUCAGUGAAGGCCUACGGGUACGCCGCCAGAGACAAUUCCGGUAUUCUUUCGCCGUUCGAGUUUUCCAGGCGGGCGACCGGCGAGCACGAUGUGCAGUUCAAGGUGUUGUACUGCGGCGUUUGCCACACGGAUAUUCACAUGGCGAAGAACGAGUGGGGAUUCAGUCGCUAUCCUAUUGUUCCUGGGCACGAGAUCGUCGGAGUUGUGACGGAGGUCGGCGGCAAGGUGAAAAAGGUGAAGCCCGGAGACAAUGUCGGCAUCGGCUAUAUGAUCGAUUCGUGUCGCCAAUGCAGCCAGUGCUCGAACGAUCUCGAAAACUAUUGUUCUAAGCAAGUAUUCACCGCCGGCUUCCCUUACCCCGACGGGACCACCACGUACGGCGGCUACUGCGAUGUCAUGGUGGCCGACGAGCAUUUCGUCAUCCGCUGGCCGGAGAACUUUCCCCUCGACUCUGGCGCCCCUCUCCUCUGUGCCGGCAUUACGACUUACAGUCCCCUGAAGUACUUUGGACUCGACAAGCCUGGACUUCAUAUUGCCGUGGUUGGUCUUGGCGGCCUUGGCCAUGUCGCCGUGAAGUUUGCCAAGGCGUUCGGUACUAAAGUGACGGUUAUCAGCACAUCGGAUAGCAAGAAGAAGGAGGCCCUCGAACAUCUUGGUGCUGAUGAAUUUUUGAUCAGCAAGAACCCCGAGCAACUUCAGGCUGCAGCCGGGACGCUGGAUGGUAUCAUUGACACUGUAGCGGCGCACCAUCCCCUAGCGCCGUUGCUGAGUCUAUUGAAGCCUAGUGGGAAGAUUGUCCUGGUGGGCGCUCCCGAUAAGCCUCUGGAGCUUCCGGCAUUUAAUGUCAUUGCCGGGAGGAAGUCGAUAUCGGGCAGUGCCGUCGGAGGGAUCAAAGAGACACAAGAGAUGAUUGAUUUUGCAGCCGAGCACAACAUAGUGGCCGACGUCGAGGUCAUCCCUAUCGACUAUGUGAACACUGCUUUCGAACGCCUUGCCAAAGGCGAUGUCAAGUACCGUUUCGUCGUCGAUGUGGCGAAAUCAUUGAAGGUCGAGUAAGGUUUUGGUCGUAUAUGGGGUCGAAUCGUCGCUGGAGCUUUGCCGCCGGCGACGGAGCAGUGUUUUCCGGUGCUCUAUCAGCUGCAUUUGCUAAAUAACGCGAGGCUUUAUUUGUUAAUUGUUUUUUUGGAGGGGGUGUGUGUUUAUAUAUUGAAGAAUAAUUUGUUUGGAUGUAUGCUUGAGAGUGUAAUGAAAAUAAAUAAAUAAAUGUAUAAAUAUAAAAAUUUGAUAUUUAUUUUGAUUAUUUUGCCCGUA